CAGACGCCGCCCUGCCGGAUAUGAGCGGCGCACGGCAGAUGUUAGUGGAGCUCACCCACACUCAACUGGCGACAGUCUGUGACGUUUACGGAUGUAAACGGAGCAGUCGCGCUGCGUCCACGUGCCAAACAAGACUUACAGGAAAGGAAGCAAAGAUGAGGGUUUCCACCAGUCAACUGCAGCAGCUCACCAUCUUCACCACAGUGCUGACUGGUGGAGGGAUUGGCACCAUGUACUAUCUGCAGCAGAAGAAGUUCAGUGAGUCAGACUACCACAGACUGGCUCUACAGAAGUUGGAAGCAUGUCCAGUUGCCAUGGAAAGCCUGGGGGCCCCACCUUUAAAAGUCCACAACAUCCAUCUGACUGACAGAAACAACUGCAUAGAUCAGCACACUGCACAGAUAAAGAUCCCUGUGACUGGAUCAAAAAUUGGAGGUUAUCUGUAUAGUUCUUCAAUUAGAGACCCUAAUACUAACAGGUGGAGUCUGAAGCAGGCAGUUCUGAAGCUCCGGGAAGGACAGACCAUCGACCUGCUGAAUCCUCCCCCACCAGCUGCAGCACAAAUCCAGGCAACAGAGCACACAAAGGGGCUAGACACAGGCCACUGGCAUUGACCAACUCCAUGUAGUAAUGAGAACAAUGAAAGUGGAAGUCGACCUGCUUUAAUAGUUUCUGAGUAGAGGUCUAAUUCACCAAAAUAAUGUGGUAUAUUUACCAAUUAAAUAAUGUGAUGUUGGCAUGUUA